CGAGGUAGAGAGAGAGAGAUACUGUGGUAUAUUCGCCAUCGUAUACAGAUAUAGAAUCGCUCAUGCCCCAUUGGCUCGAAAGCUUUAAACCCAUCAUUACACACACAGAGACGCACACACACACACACUGAAGAGAGAGAGAGAGAGAGAGAGAAGAGGGGUUGUGUAAAUACUUACUCUGCAAUGUCAAGAAGGUGUAGAAAUGGGCUGAAAGAGAGGGUUUGGAGAGUGUCUUGUUGGCCUCUCUGAAUUCUUCCCCUUCUUCACUAUCUACUCUACAAUCAAUUCAAUUUAAUCAAGAAAAUUAGUGGGCUUUAUUUUGUUGAUUCACAAGUUUAUGGAGAUGGAGGUUUCUUGGUAGAUGUUCGUGAGCUGAUUUUUCAACAAGACUGCGUUUUUAUAAUUUAAAAAAAAUAAAAAAAUCACACCAGGUUUCACAGUCAUGCAUAACCAGCAAUGUCAAUUGAUCUUCCCUGUUUUCAUUAAUUAUUCUCUCUAGUUGGCGUCUGAAAAACGAAAUCAUCGUUCAAGCCAUUUAGUAAUAUAUAAUAUAUAUAUAAUAUAUGGUCUUACAAUACUUUCAAGGCAAAUCUCCUUUGGCAAAUUCCGAGUUUUUUACUUGGGCAAAUCUUCUUUGGCAAAUUUGGGUUCCUCCGUUUAUUGGGCAAAUCUCCUUUGGCAAUUUUAAGAGUCUCUCGACUCGUUUUCAAUCAUCAUCCCUUUUAGGGCAAAUCUCCUUUGGCAUUUCCGGAGUCUCGUUACUCCUCUUUAUCCCUUUACUUGGGCAAAUCUCCUUUGGCAUAUUAUCUCCAUUUUUGGAGUUAAUUUUACGUUUAUCGUUAAACCUUUGCAAGAACUCUCCGAUACUGGUUGGAGUAAUCAUUCAUUCAGUCGGCAACGGUUAUUGUUAGAACUUAAUCAUCACAAGUGAAGUGUCACUCUUUUGUUGAUAUUGAAAAUUACAGAUUCGCCCCUCGAACCAUGAACUCGCGACUCAGCGAUUUCGACAGUCUCAGUGACAGCAGCAGCUCCGAAGACCAAGAGGACAUGGACUCCAUAUACAACGGGCGGGCCCGCUCCAUUUUCUCGAAUCUCGAGGAAACAAUCGAAAAAAUCGACGACUUCCUCCUGUUCGAAAGAGGGUUUUCAAACGGAGACAUAGUCUGCCUCGUCUCAGAUUCGUUAGGACAAAUGGGGAAAGUGGUCAAUGCAGACAUGACAGUUGACUUAGAAAACAUAAAUGGGCACAAAACACGAAACAUUUCUUCCAAACAACUUCAGAAGCUACGCUCGAUUUCCAUAGGAGACUACGUAGUUCACGGUGCAUGGCUCGGAAAAGUCGAGAAGAUAGUUGACCGGUUGACCGUUUUAUUCGAUGACGGUACAGAGUGUGAGUUAACCGAAGAGGGUCCGGAGAAGAUUGUUUCGCUGUCUGAAGAUUUAAUCGAAGAUCCACCGUUUAAAUUCUACCCCGGACAAAGGGUUCUGAUUGAAUCAUCCGUUUCGAAAACCACUCAUUGGCUGUGCGGUGUAAGAAAAGAUUACAAGCAAGAGCAAGCCACUGUCUGCAAAGUGGAAGCUGGUAUUGUACACGUCGACUGGCUUAUUUCUGCGACGGCCAAUGGUGAGAGGGGGCCUACACCCCCACCGUCUUUUCAAGAAUUUCAAAAUCUGACUGUGCUGUCGUGUUAUCCUUACUCGAAUUGGCAGCUAGGCGAUUGGGUUGUUAUUCCUGCGGAAGACAAGAGUGGGGCCCACCAUGGUACUAGGUAUCAAGAAAUUGGUGUUAUUGUUAAGACAAAGACUAAGGUGGAUGUAAUAUGGCAGGACGGCAGCCAAUCAUUGGGGUUGGAUUCGAACGUGGUUUACCCUGUGAAUAUUAUCGACGCUCACGAUUUUUGGCCCGAUUCGUUUGUGAUGGAAAAGGGUUCGGUAGAUUGUGAUGAAAAACGGGUUUCGAGAUGGGGGGUUGUGAGGGAUGUGGACCCCACAGAAAGGACUGUGAAAGUGAAAUGGUGCAAAAACUCGUUUCUUGAUUGUGAGGGAGAAGAGAUUGUGAGUGCUUAUGAACUCGUUGAGCAUCCGGAUUAUUCUUACUGCCUCGGUGAGAUAGUUUUUAGGACGGACGAGAUUGUUGUGGGCCCCACAGAAGAUGGAGGUGAAGCUGAAUUCUUGUCUUGUUUCGGGACUGUUGUUGGCUUAAAAAACGGGGGUGUUGAAGUGAAAUGGGGAACUGGUGCUACGAGUAAGGUUGCACCGUAUGAGAUUUAUAGGGUCGAUAAAUGUGAAGGCACGAGUGAUGAAAAUGCUCAACCACCGAACGAGGAAGUUCCGUUGAAGAACCAGUUUCCGGGGCAAGAUUUAAAGGAAAUAUCGGGCCUUAACUCCAACAACGCAAAGGAAUCGAGCAUUUCUGAAGUUGCUAUAGGGAUUUUUACAAGUAUUACUUCAAACAUAUUAGGGUCUCUAAGCACAUCUCUGAUUGGUCGAUACAAAUUCACAUCGGAAAUCCCGAAAAUUCACAGCAAAUCACCCGAUGAAGAAGAAGAAGAAGAAGAAGCAGCUUUGGAACUUUCCAAUUUUAACCUCGGUGGCGAAUUCGAAGAUUUAGAGAUCAAAGUGGCUAAUGAGGAUAUUACGUUUCCAUCGAGCAGCAAGCUUCCGGGAAGUUCUUUUAGCCGGUUUGAUAUGGUCAAUGAUUGCUCUGACCACCACUUUGUCAACGAAUCGGGAAUGGACACGCAAUCUCCACAGGUGAGAAGAGCCUGGCUGAAAAAAGUGCAACAAGAAUGGAGCAUAUUGGAGAAAGAUCUCCCCGGAACUAUCUAUAUACGUGCCUACGAAGAAAGAAUGGAUUUGCUUCGAGCAGCAAUCGUAGGCAGUGAUGGUACACCGUAUCACGAUGGACUGUUCUUUUUCGAUAUUUAUCUUCCCCCACAGUACCCCAACGAGCCACCUAUGGUGCACUACAACUCUGGUGGGCUCCGCAUAAAUCCCAACUUAUACGAAUCGGGAAAAAUCUGCCUAAGCCUGUUGAAUACAUGGACAGGAUCUCAAGACGAAGUUUGGAAUCCGAAAUCUUCGACAAUUCUUCAAUUACUUCUCUCUCUACAAGCGCUCGUGCUCAACGAAAAGCCCUACUUCAACGAGGCUGGUUACGAUUCUCAGAUAGGAAAAGCUGAGGGCGAAAAGAACUCGUUUAGCUACAACGAGAACGCUUUUCUUGUCAGCUGCAGGUCCAUGCUAUACCUACUACGCAACCCCCCUCGGAAUUUUGAGGCACUAGUGAAGGAGCACUUCGAACGACGAGGCAGACAUAUAUUAUUGGCCUGUAGGGCCUACAUGCAAGGAGCUUCUAUAGGGUAUCCAUUCGAAUGUGGAAAAGACGAAGAAGAUAUUCUGCAAGGAAGAAGCUCAACUGGUUUCAAGAUUAUGCUGACGAAGCUUUAUUCCAGACUCGUCGAAGCAUUUUCAGACAAGGGUAUCGAUUGUCGUGAAUUCUUGGACCAGGUUCCACAAUAAUUAAAAAAAAAAGAAAAAAAAAAUCAUGGCUAUGUUUGUGUGUAUAAUAUUAUCUUGAAAUAGCUCGUUUGCUGUUUCUUCGUGUUGUUUGAUGUGUGUCUCUGUGUUUCGGGUUUGAAUAAGUUUGUUGUACAUUGUGCAGAAACAGAAAACUCGAUAGAUCAUAAUGUAUUAUAGGUGUGUACGAUCGAUCUCUCAUUGUAUUAUAUUGUGGCUUGUAAUAAAUCAUGUACCGAAAAAAUAAAGAUUUUAAGGUACAUGUGGUUUGCUCGAUUUUUAUGUAUAAUAAUCUUACAUCCCUCGUUUUUUCA